AUGUCCGCCACAGCCUGUAUCUUCUGCAAAAUCGUCAAGGGCGAGAUUCCUUGCUUCAAACUCUUCGAAUCCACCAAAGUCCUGGCGUUCCUGGACAUCCAGCCGCUCUCCCGUGGGCAUGCCAUGGUAAUCCCCAAAACGCACGGCGCAAAGCUGCACGAGAUCCCGGACGACGAGCUCGCGGAGCUUCUCCCGGUAGCAGCGAAACUCGCGCGCGCCGUCGGCAGCGCCGACUACAAUAUCCUGCAGAACAACGGGCGCCUUGCGCACCAGGAGGUCGACCACGUACAUGUCCACUUCAUUCCCAAGCCGAGUGCGGAGGAGGGAUUGAUCGUGGGCUGGCCGGCGACGAAGGCGGAUAUGGACGGGCUCAAGGGGCUGGCAGAGGAGGUCAAGGGAAAGCUAUAG